AGGAAACAUAGUUGCGAACAAAUUCAAAACAUCGAAGCUUCUAAAUUUUUAAAGUCGUUUCAUUAGAACGAACAAUAAUUUUAGAAUGCGUAAUGUCAUUAUUAAAAAAAAAUGAAAGAAAAAGUGUGACCGGUGGUCGACAAUUCAUCGCGAACCCAUGCAAACGCCGCCACUGACGACGAAAUUCGCAACCACUAAAAAUAGAAAAUGAAAAAAUAUAGAUAUUUUAGUUGAUAUGGACGGGAUUGUGGGCCUGGGCCAUUUUUGCGAAACUCACGGCCCUUGUGUGAUUUUAUCGACGCAACGAUGUAAAGAAGAGCCCCAACAGUACCCCCACAGUCUCACCGUACCAUGGUGUGAGUCUUGUCAGUCCAUCGAUUUAGACCAAUCGCUUGUGAGUAAAGACGAGGGUACUUGCUACGUGACCACUCGAACCCCCUUGCAACAAGACCUAGCCUUUUUGCUCAAACAAGCAGCCGUCCGAAGCCUGAGUUGUGAAGAAACGAGUAAAGAAGGGGGCACUAUGUACUUCGGCGACAGCGAAAGGGGGCACGUCCUCAGCCACACUUUCACUCUACAAGACUCACUAGCUAGGGGCUUCCACCGCAAGUACAGCAUUUUAAUUCUAAUGCGCGAUAAAGUCCACCUGUUAAACUGUUGGCCAGUCUUAACCAAAAACAUUAAAGAAAUUGCGUCAGAUUUGCAACUCAAAGCCGCCCAAGUCAAUGGUUUGGAACAAACGCAGUGCCCCCAGCGAGCGGUGCGGCAAGCCCAGGGCUCCCCUAACAACCCAGCGCGGUCUCUGUCGCAACUAACCGGAGAACCGGCGGUUUUUGCCCAUCUACACAUGUGGUUUACGUGGUUGCUCAGCGUGGAGCCCUUUGUAGAAAAGACAAGCGCGGCCCCCGACAUCCCCAUUAGUUGUUUACCAACUCCUUUGCGGGCUUUAUUUAAAGAAAUGGACCGGGACGUUUUUAGAAAAGUUUGUUAUUGCGUUUUAACAGGGAUUAGGGUUGAUGUUGAAGAUUCCAAUGUUUUAGAAAUUUUUGUGCAACUUUUACCCCAAGGGUGGGUUUUGCCUAAGAGCGGGGAGGUUUGUAAGUUGAGGAAAGGCAGCGGGAAGUGGGUGGUUGAGUGGUGCGGGUGUUUGCCCCCCAAGUUGCCGAAAUUGCAAACUUUGACUGAAGAAGCUUUGAGUAAUGAGGGGCUGCCUGAAAGUGCGCUACAGUCGUACUUAGUGGGGGCUAUUUUACACUGGCGCAAUGUCGCGAGAAGUGUGAGUUGGGUCUCAGCCCCCAGUCAAGAGUUGUUUCAGUCGCUGGGGGUCCAAAAGUCGGAUUUACCGCUUCUGGCGUACUGGACGGCUCAAUGUAGAAAUGAAUUGAAAGAGUGAUUUUUAAUGAUUGUGAUAAUUAUGUGAUAAUUGUUGAAAACGUGAUUAUAUUGUUCCAUAUAUGUUUAUUGAAAGUCAUAUCUAAAUAGAAUCUCUUUAUUCUCUA